GGGCGCCGGCGUCGGCUGCGUCUCCGGGGAUUUGAAUUGCGCUUCCGCCAUCUUUCCAGCCCUCAGUCAGACGGGCGCAGAGACGCUUCUGGAAGUAACAUCACGAUGGCUGCCCAAGGAGAACCCCAAGUUCAGUUCAAACUUGUUUUGGUUGGUGAUGGUGGUACUGGAAAAACUACAUUCGUGAAGCGUCAUCUGACUGGUGAAUUUGAGAAGUAUGUAGCUACCUUGGGUGUUGAGGUCCAUCCUCUUGUGUUCUAUACCAACAGAGGACCUAUUAAGUUCAAUGUAUGGGAUACAGCUGGUCAGGAGAAAUUUGGUGGACUGAAAGAUGGCUAUUAUAUACAAGCUCAGUGUGCCAUUAUAAUGUUUGAUGUAACAUCAAGAGUUACUUACAAGAAUGUGCCUAACUGGCAUAGAGAUCUGGUACGAGUGUAUGAGAACAUCCCAAUUGUGCUGUGUGGCAACAAAGUGGAUAUUAAGGACAGAAAGGUUAAGGCAAAGUCAGUUGUCUUCCACCGAAAGAAGACUCUUCAGUACUAUGACAUUUCUGCCAAAAGUAACUACAACUUUGAAAAGCCCUUCCUCUGGCUUGCUAGAAAAUUGAUUGGAGACCCUAACUUGGAGUUUGUCGCCAUGCCUGCUCUUGCCCCACCAGAGGUGGUCAUGGAUCCAGCCUUGGCAGCACAGUAUGAGCACGAUUUAGAGGUUGCUCAGACAUCUGCUCUCCCGGAUGAAGAUGAUGACCUGUGAGAAAGUGAAGCUGGGGCCCAGCGUCAGAAGUCUAGUUUUAUAGGCAACUGUCCUGUGAUGUCAGUGGCGUAGCGUGUUUGCCACUUUAUUAUAUAGCUAAGCUGAACAUGUGCUUAAUCUUUGGAUGCUGAAGGAGAUGGAUGGGCUGUGGAGUGAAUGUGGCAGUUU